CCAGAGCUCCGGAGACCGCACGCGCUGGGAGCUAGCAUGUCAGCCGUGGUCCUGCAGAACGGAGGCUCGGUCAGGAAACUCAGCGACUUUGGACAGGAAACAAGCUACAUUGAAGACAACUCCAAUCAAAACAGUGCCAUAUCACUGAUCUUCUCACUCAAAGAAGAAGUUGGUGCGCUGGCCAAAGUCUUACGUUUAUUUGAGGAGAAUGAUAUAAACCUGACCCACAUUGAAUCAAGACCUUCACGUUUAAAGAAAGAUGAGUAUGAAUUUUUCACCUACCUGGAUAAACGCAGCAUGCCCGCUCUGGCAAACAUCAUCAGAAUCUUGAGGCAUGAAAUUGGGGCCACUGUGCACGAGCUUUCCCGGGAUAAGAAGAAAGACACAGUGCCCUGGUUCCCAAGAACCAUUCAAGAGCUCGACAGAUUUGCCAAUCAGAUUCUCAGCUAUGGAGCGGAACUGGAUGCGGACCACCCCGGCUUUAAAGAUCCUGUGUACCGAGCAAGACGGAAGGAAUUUGCUGACAUUGCCUACAACUAUCGACAUGGGCAGCCCAUCCCUCGAGUGGAAUACACGGAGGAAGAAAAGAAAACGUGGGGGAUAGUGUUCAGGACCCUGAAGUCCUUGUACAAAACCCAUGCUUGCUACGAGCACAACCACAUUUUCCCACUUCUGGAGAAGUACUGUGGCUUCUGCGAAGAUAACAUCCCCCAGCUCGAAGAGGUUUCUCAGUUUCUGCAGACUUGUACUGGCUUCCGCCUCCGACCUGUGGCUGGCCUGCUUUCCUCUCGGGAUUUCUUGGGUGGCCUGGCCUUUCGAGUCUUCCACUGCACUCAGUACAUCAGACAUGGGUCCAAGCCCAUGUAUACACCUGAACCUGACAUCUGCCAUGAGCUGUUGGGACAUGUACCCUUGUUUUCAGAUCGCAGCUUUGCCCAGUUUUCGCAGGAAAUCGGCCUCGCCUCUCUGGGUGCCCCCGACGAGUACAUUGAGAAACUCGCAACAAUUUACUGGUUUACUGUGGAGUUUGGGCUCUGCAAGGAAGGAGACUCCAUAAAGGCAUAUGGUGCUGGGCUCCUGUCGUCCUUUGGUGAAUUACAGUAUUGCUUGUCAGGCAAGCCGAAGCUCCUUCCUCUGGAACUGGAGAAGACCGCUCUCCAGCAGUACACAAUCACAGAGUUCCAGCCCCUGUAUUACGUGGCUGAGAGUUUUAAUGAUGCCAAGGAGAAAGUGAGGAACUUUGCUGCUAUAAUCCCACGGCCCUUCUCAGUUCGUUAUGACCCAUACGCCCAGAGGAUUGAGGUCUUGGACAAUACCCAGCAACUUACGAUUUUGGCUGACUCCAUCAAUAGUGAAGUUGGAAUCCUUUGCAGUGCCCUCCAGAAAUUAAAGUGAAGCCAUGCACUGAACCUGAUCUGUCAACUUGAGAAUCUGUUGAUGGAAAUCCAACUACUUCUUUCAUUUCAUCUGAAAAAGUCUGAAAAGUAAACCUUAAUUCAAGAUAACAGCCUUGAAUCCUUUCUAGAACAAGAUGGAGGGUCAACAAAUAAAUCAAAAUAAUCUGAAAUGACAGCAUGUUAAUACAUACCCCAAAGCAUAAUGGUAGAUCUUCUGGGGUCAUCUUUGAUUUAGAGAUGAUAAUCCCAUACUCUCAGUUGAGUUAAAAAUCAAUAACCUGUCACAUUUCAUCAGAGUUAAUGAAAAUUCGGGACCUGCUUCAUUCAACCUUCCUAAAUACUUUUGUUAUUUGCUCUAGAGAAUUCCUAAAGGAGUAUAUAUCACUCGUUGUGAAACACAAGUCUGUCAGAAUUG